AUGACGGGCAAUACCCGAUCGCGCGACUUCACCAAUGCCAUGUCGCUCAACACGGCCGACUCGGAGCGCUCCUCACACUCGUCCCCCUGGAGCAACAGCAUCUGGAACGCCCCCAUUGGCGCAUUUGCUUUCGGCUCCACGCCCAGAGACAGCUCGCGCCCCCGAGACAACACGACGCUCGCCGGCACCACCGAGGGCAAGACAGGCUCCAGCUCCCUCGUGGCCAACUCCGAGUCCGAAUGGAGAUCCAGCGCCCGACCAGCCUGGACGGAGAACCCGUCCGGAAGCAUCUCACAAGCCAGGAGCUCUGCUGUCUCGCCAGCCGGCAAGCGAUCAAUCGCACAGGCCCAGCCCAGCCAGCCCUAUGCCGACGGUAGCCCGUCGUCGCUGUUUGCUUCAUCCAGAGGCUCGCUAUCCAAGUCGAUGAAGCCGUUUGGAGAAGCUGCCAACGCAAACUUCGCCUCGCGCCAGAUUGAUGGCCUCAACGCUGGCUUCUCAAACUUUGGGUUUGGCCAGUCAGACGUCAACGCCCAUCGUCCCGACACCGGAGUCACCUCCUGGCCGGAUACCGCAUCGGUGCACUCGCCUAGCGACGAUCGCCGCAGCAUCGCCAACUCCGACCAUGUCACGUCUUCGAGUGGAGCCCCCUCCCGAAGUGGAAGCCUACCACCGUCGCGACAUGGCGCUGAGCCUGCCCAGUUCAGCCAGAGCAUGGAUGCCUUCUCACGCCUCUCGCAGGCUACCCGUCAAGGCACAACCUUUCCUCUCGGCAACGGUCGCGUCUACCCGGAGCGAAGCGGUUCCAUUCAGAGCGACUCAUUCCACACGCUAGGUAGGCUCGGCUAUGAACAAGAACAGGACGUGCGCAUGUCAUCACACAGGGCCUCGUUCAGCACUAACGCUGCUUCGGCAUUCGCAUCCGGUGACGAGUUCAACGAGGCACUCAACGGCCACGGUUAUUUUCCAGCAUCGAGCAAAAUGGACGAGACUAGCUACAGAAAUGCAGGCUCUUACACCCCCGACACCUUUGCCAAUGGUCAGCUCAGCAGCCAACAGGCCCAACUGCGGUCCCACCAGUUCGACAACAGUCGCAGUGCUCCCAACGGCGGCAGCGUCCGUCAAAGCCCCCUGUACUCGCACAUCAACACACCACUCGUGUACGACCGUCUGAAUCCUUACAGCAGCGAGCAAAACCUGGCUCAUCCCAACAAUGUCGCCCAGCUACAGAGCAAGCUAGCCGGAUUCCAGAUAUCUCAGCAGGCCAAGCGCAGCUACAUCUCCCCCAGCCAACUGCACCAGCAACAGUUUCAGCACAUGUUCCCCGCCGCACAACUGCAGAACCCUUUCCCAUACCAGUUUGCCCUGCCCAACGGUCUGCCUCUGUCUGCCAUUCCGCAGCACAUGAACAUGGCUCCCAUCAUGCCUCUCCAGCAGCAACCACCCAGAGGACCCCGCGAACAGCACGUGGGCGAUGUCCUGGGCGCCAUGAGCCCUGAGCUGGCCAACUUCAAGAGGGAGCAAAAGCAGAGCAAGCGAUGGGAAUUGACUGACAUCAAGGGCCACGUCGUUGAGUUUGCUGGAGACCAGCAUGGCUCGCGCUUUAUCCAGCAGAAGCUCGAAACCGCCAACAGCGAAGUCAAGGAGAGCGUGUUUCGCGAGCUCGAGGAGAAUGCGCUGCAGCUGAUGCAGGACGUCUUUGGCAAUUACGUCAUCCAAAAGUUCUUCGAGCAUGGCGACCAGACGCAGAAGAAGAUCCUUGUCGGAAAGAUGAAGGGUCAUGUUCUAGAACUCGCUAACCAGAUGUACGCCUGUCGCGUGGUGCAAAAGGCGUUGGAGCACGCGCUCACGGAACAGCAAGCGUCCAUGGUCAAGGAGCUCGAAAAAGACGUUCUCAAGACUGUCAAGGACCAGAACGGCAACCAUGUCAUCCAAAAGGUCAUCGACCGCGUUCCGAUGCAUCACAUCCAGAAUAUCGUCGAGGCAUUCAGGGGUAAUGUCGGCGUCCUGUCGGUAAACUCUUACGGUUGCCGUGUCAUCCAGCGACUCCUGGAGAAGGUGCAGGAGCCCCAGCGCAGGUUCAUACUAACGGAGCUUCAUGCCGAAGGGGCCAAGCUCAUUACUGACCAGUACGGAAACUACGUUACCCAACACGUGAUUGAACACGGCUUGCCUGAGGAUAGAGCCAAGAUUGUGUCAUUGAUCAAGGCACAGUUCCUCGUCUUCUCCAAGCACAAGUUUGCCAGCAACGUCGUGGAGCGAUGCCUGAUUUGCAGCAACGAUGCGCAGCGCCGCGAGCUUGUGUCGGUGGUACUCUCCAAGAACGAGCGUGGCGAGACAAACGUCAUGAACCUGCUAAGAGAUGGCUACGGCAACUAUGUCAUCCAAAAACUUUUGGACACCCUGAGCCGGGACGACUACGAGAUGUUUGUUCAGUCGCUCAAGCCAGAGCUUGAGAAGGCCAAGAAGGUCAUUCCUGGCAAACAAUGCGUAUCGGUUGAGAAGAAGAUGUUUCGCUACGACCGUGUAGACUCGCCCACGAUGCCCACACCCGCUCUCAGUACCUCUACAGAAUCCCCAUUGAGCAGCUCGCACCCAAGCACCACUGCGUCGACUGUCGACGAGCCUGCGUCAAAUGGGUCGGCUGGCAGCAAGACCAGCACCGUCAAUGGUGCUGGGGGCGUCAGCAUUGAGAAUGCUAGCUCCUAG